AUGAGCCUGCAGAGCGCAAGAUGUACGAUACGGAGUUUACGAAGCUCAUGGAGGGCAUGCAUCAAGACCAGAACCGCCUUACCAUGUUUGACCCGAGGUGGCCUUCCAGCCUUUGGCAAGUUCUGGACCCGUGGAGUGAAGACGCGGACUGUGGUAAAAGCCAGCAGUCUACCUCAAGGCGUAUUGCCAGCGUUGCCCCCGGAUGAGGACGACGACACUACUGCAAGUUAUCCUACUAUGCUACAGCAGCAUCUCAACAACAUCCGUAAGCACCCGGACUGCGUUGUUCUCACACGUGUGGGUGACUUUUACGAAAUGUACUUCGAUCAGGUCGCACAAUUUGCUCCCUUAGUCAACCUCAAGCAGGCCAAGAAGAUGACCGCGUUGGGCCCUGUUCCCAUGGCUGGAUUUCAACACACCCAGCUUGAACGUUACUUGAAGAUGUUCGUUAUGGAUCACGGCAAGCAGGUCGCUCUUAUCGAGCAGGUACCGCUCUCGAAUGCUGAACGAUCGUUGAGACCCGGUGGCCCUCAGUACGAUCGACAGCUGAAGAGAGUCUUUACGGCCGGUACACUGAUUGACGAGAACUUUGUGGAUCCUUACGAGAACAACUACUUGCUCGCCGUGCAUAUAGAUGGUGAAGUACCUGUCGGGUCCAAACCUAGCGAUAGGGGCCAAGUGUACGAAAGGUACAGGCGCUCAACUAGAGUAGGACUCAGCUGGGUCGACCUCUCCAGCGGCGACUUCUUCACUCAAGCCAGCGAUCUUGCCACACUGCCAUCUAUCGUCAGUCGUGUGAUGCCACGAGAAAUCAUACUUCCCGAGGGCCUGAGCGACGUUGGCCCGUCGAGGCUGCAAGGGCUGCUUGGCGAAGGCAACUAUUCGCUGCAUUUCUAUCGGUCUGCACAGAUACAUUCCACGACAACUGUUGAAAGUUGGACGCCCAUGCUUGAGCGAGCUACUCCAGAGAAGCAAGCCGAAGCGUUUGCGCCAUGUGAAAUUGCUGCUGGCAGCUUAGUGCUUGGCUAUGUUCGUGAACGGCUCGUCGAUUUGCAGAUACAGCUGCAGCCUCCCGUGAGACGGUCAGACGAUGACUACAUGGCAAUCGACAAGCAGAGCCUGCGCGGGCUAGAGAUCCGCAGUACGCUCCGAGACGGCACGUUCCAGGGCAGCCUGCUUCACGCGGUGCGGCACACUGUCACCAAGAGUGGCUCCCGCUUGCUCAGCCAACGUUUAGUGUCGCCGUCAAUGUCCUUGUCCGUGAUCAACGACCGCCUAGAUCUCGUUCAAGAAAUGCUUGAGCAAGACGCGCUACGUGAGGAUGUUGUGGUGCUCUUACGUCGCACGGCUGACGCCCUUCGCUUGCUACAGCGCUUUUCGAUUGGCAAAGGCGAUGCAGACGACCUCUUAAAUCUCGCAAGGACCAUAGGAGUGACAAGCGAGAUGGCGCAACUUGUGCGCGAUCAUAUUGUAAGCAGGGAAGACAGUAUACCUACGGCUGGUCACAAGAAGCAUCCACCGCCCAACGAGCUGGGCUUUCUGCGUGACAUCCAUCAACGCUUCGAUCUAGACGGGCCGGCAAAGGUUGCGAAAGCAAUUGAGGAGGCGAUUGACGAGGAAGGCUUGAACCAGCAGCACGUCGCAGAAGCGGAAAGCCAAGCUAAGGUAGAGAUCAUGGCAGAAGAAGUCGAAUCUGCUGAUGCAGCGGGCGAGCCUGGCCCUAAGCUUGGACGUAGAGCGGCAAAGACCAGAGCUGUCGCAGACGCAGCAGAUAGCAUAUCGAAUGAUAUCUGGAUCAUGCGGAACGACGCUUCGCCAACGCUCGGACGAGCACACUCCGAUUUGGAGAGCCUGCUUAAGAGGAAGAACCAACUGACACAGCGAUUGCGGAAGCAGCUUAAAGCGGAAAGCCUCAACCUGCGCUGGACUUCGAAUCUCGGUCACCAUUGUCAUGUGAAAGGCAAGGACACACGCACUGAUCUCGCGGCGCUUGCUGGCGCUCGUGCCAUCGGCUCGACCAAAUCCACCCGUUCAUUCUAUCUUGCCGACUGGACGCACCUCGGAACGCUCCUUGAAGACAGCAAGAUGCGGAUCCGAAUGGAGGAAGAGCGUGUCUUUAACAAGUUGCGUGCGCAAGUGCUUGAGAGCCUGAUGAAACUGCGACGCAACGCGGCUGUGCUUGAUGAGCUUGAUGUCGCAUGCUCAUCUGCAACCAUUGCGAAGGAGCGUGAUCUUAUUCGCCCUCUACUGAAUACAGGUACCAGCCACAACGUCAUUGGCGGCCGCCACCCUACUGUUGCUGUAGGCUUGAAGGACCGAGGCCGCCUCUUCACAGCGAACAACUGCGGCGUCGGCGAUCGCGAGAAAAUCUACCUCAUUACCGGACCGAAUAUGGCUGGCAAGAGCACGUAUCUUCGCCAGAACGCACUCGUCACGAUCCUGGCUCAGACAGGCUGCUUUGUGCCAGCCGACUACGCUGAGAUCGGCUUGGUUGACAGAAUCUUCAGCAGAGUCGGUUCGGCGGACAACCUCUACCAAGAUCAGUCUACAUUUAUGGUCGAGAUGCUUGAAACGGCGGAGAUACUGAAGCAAGCCACUCCGCGAUCCUUUGUCAUUAUGGACGAAGUGGGACGGGGGACUACUCCCGAAGAUGGCAUCGCUGUAGGGUAUGCUUGUCUGCACGCCCUGCAUAACGUCAAUAAAUGUCGAACGCUCUUUGCUACCCACUUCCACGCCCUGGCGGAUAUGACUCGGGAUUUCGAUCAUUUGGCCUGCUACUGCACAGAUGUUGCUGAGGAUGCUGACGGCAGCUGGACGUACUUGCACAAGUUGCGGAAGGGCGUGAACAGGGAAUCGCAUGCGCUGAAAGUGGCGAGGCUUGCUGGGCUACCCACCAGUGCGAUCCACAUUGCUGAACAGGUGCUUCGAGACCUGAGGAAAGAGCGCGAGCGAGCCGAGCAAGAACUGAACGGCGGCCAGCGUAUCCUUCUUACGGCUGCGGGUUAA